AUGGCCGCGAUCGUGGGCCGGCCCAAGACGUUUAUGGCCGUCGCCGACGACACGCGGGAAGCCGACGCACUCGACUUUGCCAGCGACACGGUCGGCACGACGCGCAUGGAGCUCACGAAGAAGAAGAAGACCAAGUCAUUGUCGACCUCCUCCAGUCGCCUAGAGCAGCUUCGACGCGAGCGCACAGAACGCGAGGCCGCCAGCAGCGCCGGUCGUCCAAUUGCGCACGCCACGGCGUUAAAUGAUGCCAAAGACUUGGCGCAGAAUGCUUGGGCAGUGGCGUUGUGA